CCUUUUAACCCAGUUAAGCAGAUUUUUGCGGUACAGAGUGGCCAUGGAACUGGUGGCUCUUCCGAUCAACCACCGUACGGCUCCGCCGAGUUUUCCACCACACAAAAUCUGGAAUCCAGUAUCUAACCGUAUCGUACUUGCUAUACGGUUCAACAAUGUUAGAAUGAGAAAGCCUGUGUAUCUAGGAACGUUCUUAUCGGAGAAACCAAUAGCAAGAACACUAACGACGGCGGAAGCAGUUUCCGGCGGAGGAGUUUCGCUUCCGCCACUGGAUUUGACGGAGGAUAAUAUCCAUUUGGUACUAUCCGAAGCUCGCAUCGAGCUAGCGCAACUGUUCGACUCGUCGGUUGGGAUAACAGGACAAGUAGAGUUAGUGGAACUAGACGGACCAUUCGUUACGAUAAGCUUAAGAGGCAAGUUUUGGCACACGCGUGCAAUGGUUCUAGCUCGAAUUGGUAACUACAUGAAACAGAGGAUCCCUGAGAUUUUGGAGGUUGAGAUUGAAGAUGAGAAGCAACUCGAUGACAGUCCUGCCAAUUUCUAAACCCUUUUUCUUUUUUAUUUUUCUUUUUUCUUUGUAUAAUGUUUGACUUGAUGAUGCUUAUGAGUUGUAAAAACUUGAAAGUAACUCUGUGUGACUAAAAAAAAUAAAUCUAAUAAUGGAUUUAUAGAA